AAAUAAAAAUAUUAUUUCUUUUAUAACAAAAUGUUUCAUAUGCAUUAUUUUUAAGAAUUUCAAUAAAUAUGACACGUUUUGAUAAAGACGCGUAUAUUGAAUGUUUACCAAUAACUAUAUAUAAUGAAAUAAUUAAUGCAUUAAAUAAAGAUGCAACUUGGAUAAUAUUAGCAAAUCAUGUAGCUAAAGAACUUCAAUAUCCAUGCACUUGGGUACAAUCUUUACAAGAAAUUAAACAUUCGAAUGAUUCUCCUGGACAAAAAUUAUUUUCUGAAUUAAAUAUUAGAAUGUGUACUAUAGAAAUAUUAUGUGCUUUAUUAAAUGAUUGUAAACUUUAUAAUAUUCUAUCCAUUAUAUCUGAUCCAGAACCUUUGAAUAUUAUUAUGGAUCCAACAGAAGAAUUUCCAAUUAAUAUUUUGAAAGUUUCAUUUGGACAUCAUCUUCAUCUGUGCUGCAAAGCUGUUGGAAUGCCACCACCAAAUUACAUAUGGUAUCAUAAUGACGAACAAUUGCAACAUUAUACCUCUGAUGAACUUGAUCUUAUUAUAACUAAUGCUUCUCAAGCUGGAGAAUAUAAAUGUAAAGUAUUUCAAAUUAAAAAUGAUGGCACUCUUAUAUCAACUUUAACUUCAAAAGCUAUAAUUGUUCAAAUUUUUCCUAUGCCUGUUAUAAUAGAAAUACAACCCCAACAAUUUUUGGAAGUUAAGGAAAAUGAAAGUUUUACAAUUUUUUGCAAAGCUAGUAGCAAUCCUGAACCGUGUUAUCAAUGGUUCCACGAUAAUACUAAACUAGAUGGAGAAACAUCAAACAUUCUGCAUAUAAAACAAUUUACUUCAAAAAAUGAAGGAAAAUAUUAUUGUUAUAUUCAUAAUAAUAUUAGCGAAGCUUAUACUGAAAAAACUCGUAUAAUGAUAGAUUUUCAAAGAUUAAAAGCAGUUGCAAAAAUUGCUUUAAUUAUAGCAAAUGAAAAAUAUAAAUAUCAUGAAUGUCUAUCAACACCUGAAAAUGAUGCUGCAUGCAUUGGUAAUCUUCUGAAAGAAAUUGGAUUUGAAGUAAUUUGUUUUCUCAAUUUGACAUUCGCUCAAAUGAAAAAUGCAAUAGAAAUAUUUAGCAAAGCCUUAGUAGAAGGUGUAUAUGGUCUAUUCUAUUUUGCUGGUCAUGGUUUUAAAAUGCAAGAGAGUUAUAUGCUUGCAACAGAUGCUCCAGAAAGAUAUUUAAGGAAAGAUGCAAUAUGUGAAAGUGAACUAUUGUCCGCAUUUCUUAAAAAUAAUCCUGAAUUAUUAAUUAUUAUUUUAGACACAUGUCAAUCUUUACCUUCAAGAGAAUUUAAUCCUGAAAUAUAUCAGGAGGUGCCAAUAGUAAAAGAAUAUAAAAGUAAAAAGAAUCUUAGAAAUUUAAUUCAAGCAUAUUCUACAUCUAGUUAUCGUCCUAGUUAUGAAAAAAUUGACAGUAAAUAUAGUUUAUACAUGACACACCUUAGCAAAUAUAUUAAUAAAGAUAUAACAGUUACAAAAUUAUUUGAAGAAGUUGGAAAAUCUAUUGAUAGUUGUUUCAAAGGCAAAGAAAGAAAUCAGAUUCCAAUGUUUGCUGCAUCUAUUACAAAGCCAUUUCGUCUGAUUGAUGCUAUUUAUAAAAAAAAUCGUCCAGACAUCAUUGAUCAUUUAUAUAAACUUACAUCAUAUUCAACUCAAACGAUAAACGUGAUAUUUAAACAGGCAAAUAUAUCCAGUACAAUUACAAUAUCAUUGUUUAUGGAAUUAUACUUAAAUGUAAUAGAAAUUAAGGCACAUGACUUAUCAAAUAUAGAAGUCAAAUUUUAUAAUUCUGUUCCCAUGGAACCAAAUAAUUUGUUUCAAGAUUUCUAUGAAAAAAAAUGUUUGAUUCACAAUCCUCAAUUAAAUGAGAAACCUCUUAUAAUAACUAUAUGGAAAAAUAAUAUUCCUAUUGGUGCAAUAGAAUUGCAUAUAAAAAAUUAUAUACCUCCCAUAUUGAAAAACAUAAAUAUUUGAAGAAAAAUAUAUUUAUUUUGGCAAAUCUAGA